AUGUCGAGCGAAGACGUCAUUUUGAUCGAUGAUGAGGACCAAGCGAGAAAGUGCUGUAUCUGCCGCCAACUUUUCCCCGAUAAUUUGACUUUACAGAUUCAUUUGAAGUGUCAUAUCGGAGAUAAACCUUUUAAAUGCACAUAUUGCCCGAAAUCCUUUUCACACGACAGCCAUUUGCAAAUGCACUUAAAAAUUCAUUUGGGAAUCAAACCGUUCGAAUGCAGCUUUUGUAAUAAGUCGUUUAUUCAAAAAGGGAAUCUACAGUCGCAUUUACGGACUCACAGUGGACAGCGACCAUUUCAAUGCGAAUUCUGCAAUAAGUGCUUCACGCAAAAAGGAAAUUUGCAGACCCAUAUCAAGUUGCAUUAUGGGGAGAAACCAUUUGCAUGUCCUCUGUGCGGAAAACGUUUUAACCAAAAUGGCAACCUUCAAUCUCACAUUCGUUGUCAUGACGACCAAAAACCAUUUAAAUGUGAUAUUUGUUUGAAAACGUACAGCCAAAAAUCAAAUUUAGAAAUUCAUAUGUGGUCCCACAAUGGAACCAAACCCUUUCCGUGCCAUGUUUGUGAUAAAUCUUUCGUCCAGAAAAACGACAAAAUUAACUGCAAUCCUGAUCGCUGUGUAUGUUUGACGUGUCAAAAAAUAUGUCAGAAUGAUGCCGAAUUGAAAAACCACGCCAAACACUGUAAGAAUAAACAAAAUUUUACGUGUGUGAUAUGCUUUAUGUGUUUCCCGGACGAUUUUUCGUUGCAGACGCACCUAGUUACGCAUAGCGUUGCCGUAGAGCAGGUCUUUCGCUGUCAAAUUUGUAAAAUGUCCUUCAAUUCUUCUGAGGCUAUCAAAGAACAUAUUGAAUCUCAUUCUAAUGACUUGUGA